AAUUAUUCUGACAAUAAUGAUUUUUACUAUUAUUAAUUUAAUCCUACCUUCCCCAAUCCAACUCGCAGUCGCACGUUCUUCAUUCACUGUGCACUACAGUAAGUAGAAUAAACCCACCCAAAACUUACCGACUCAGAAAAAAAAUAAAAAGAAAAAAAGAAAAAGGAAACAAUUGGUCAUUUCGGAUCCUUACGGAUCAAACAAAUUCAAUUCCAACCCGUGAGAUCUGGUUUCUACAUUCUACUCCCGUGACCGUGAGAAUGCCCCCCAUUUCAUCGUCUCUCUCCCAAUUAUACACGUAAUCACCCAACACAAAAACAAAAUGCCAAAGCAAGAAAAUGAGUGACUGCUGACGAAACAGACUCUAUCCCCAUCUCUCUCUCUCCUUUCCUUUCCACCAUUAAUAUAAAUACUCACUCUUCUUCUUUCGCAAUGACCAUUCACAAAAACAAACCCAAAAGAACUCGCUUCUUCCUCCUUCUCGCCAUGUCUACCCUCUUCCUCCUCUCUUUCCUCUCCCUUCUCCUCUUUUUCACCCAAUCCGCCUCCGCAGACCACCAUCACCAUCAUCCCAAGCCGCCUCCACAAAGUUUCAAACCCCCUUCACCUAAGUCGUCCGGUGUCUCCGCUGCUCCGCUGAUCAUCCAGCAGGCAUGCAAAGCGACUCGCUUCCAGCAACCUUGCGAGUCCUCACUCGGUCAGCCCGGCCGGGUCGAAGCGGAUUCGACUCCGGUACAGAUAAUUCAAGCGGCGAUCGGGGUCUCGUCUGAGAAUCUCAAGAAGGCAAACUCCAUGGUUCAGUCGAUCCUCGACUCCUCCGCCUCGAACGUGAACCGGUCGACUGCCGCGAAGAACUGCCUCGAGGUGUUGCGGAACUCGGACUACCGCAUUUCGAUGGCCAAUGAUGCUGUGCCACGUGGAAAGAUGAAGGACGCGAGGGCGUGGAUGAGCGCGGCGCUCCUGUUCCAAUACGACUGCUGGUCUGCCCUCAAGUACGCGAACGACACCCAUUUGGUGAACGAGACGAUGUCGUUUCUUGAUUCGUUGACGGGGCUGUCCAGCAACGCGUUGAGCAUGAUGGCGUCGUACGACGUGUUCGGAACCGAUGUGUCCAAGUGGGGCCCGCCGAAAACGGAGCGAGACGGGUUCUGGGCAAGCGGUUCCAGUGGGUCGGAGAUGGGGUCUCGGGGUGGGUUUCCGUCGAAGUUAACAGCGGAUGCGACGGUGUGUAAAGACGGUGGAGAUGGUUGUUACAAGACAGUGCAGGAGGCCGUUAACGCUGCUCCCAAUAACGGCGUUAAAAAGUUCGUGAUCCACAUAAAGGCUGGUGUUUACGAAGAGACAGUGAGGGUCCCACUUGAGAAGAAGAACGUUGUAUUUUUAGGAGACGGAAUGGGUAAAACUGUUAUUACUGGAUCAUUAAAUGUUGGUCAACCUGGAAUUUCCACCUAUAACACUGCUACAGUUGGAGUUCUUGGGGAUGGAUUUAUGGCCAAUGGUCUGACAUUUCAGAACACGGCUGGACCAGAAGCACACCAAGCUGUAGCAUUCAGAUCAGAUAGUGAUCUCUCAGUGAUUGAAAAUUGUGAAUUCUUAGGCAAUCAGGACACUCUCUACGCACAUUCACUUCGCCAAUUCUACAAAUCAUGUCGUAUCCAAGGCAAUGUAGACUUCAUAUUCGGAAACUCUGCUUCAUUUUUCCAGGAUUGCCAAAUCUUAGUCUGCCCUCGUCAAAUAAAGCCAGAAAAAGGCGAGAACAAUGCAGUCACAGCCCAUGGCAGGACUGACCCUGCGCAAACAACUGGUUUUGUUUUCCAAAAUUGCUUAAUUAAUGGUACUGAGGAUUACAUGAAGCUGUAUCACAGCAAGCCUGCAGUGCACAAAAACUUCUUGGGACGGCCUUGGAAGGAGUAUUCUAGAACUGUUUUUGUACAUUGUAACUUAGAAGCUCUAAUCACACCUCAAGGAUGGAUGCCAUGGAGUCAGGAUUUUGCCUUGAAAACUCUGUUUUAUGGUGAAUUCGACAACUCUGGACCAGGGUCGGAUUUAUCUCAGAGAGUCUCCUGGAGUAGCCGAAUUCCAGCUGAGCAUGUUAGUGUAUACUCAGUUCAAAGCUUCAUUCAAGGAGAUGACUGGAUUCCUUCAAAUUAUGAUGGCUUUUUUCCUCAUAAAAUUAACAGAAAGACCAAUGGAGGUAAAUAGAAUGGGUAUCUUAUCAUUUUUUUUUUGCUGUAACCAGCCGGCUAGAUUCCUUUUUAUAAGAUUGAAUAAUUCUGCUGGUGUAUAUUUAGUUCACAGAUUAGUAUAAGCAAACCACAUUGUGGAUUUCAAUAUACCCAUAUGGUGGAUUUCAAGUCCAUAUUUGUAUAAGCAAACCAAAUUGUUAGUCUAUUGUAGCUAGUACAACAUUAUUAGAGGAUUAUGGUUUUAUAGCUCUGGCUAGUUGAUUUCACUGUCCAAAACUUCUUAUUAUCCUUUUCUUGAUAUAGAAUAAGAAGUUUAUAUUUUUCCUUUGUAUAUGAAUGCGUUCAUGUGGAUCAAUAUCAAGAACAUAUUUGAAA